AUGGGCAGGGACGCUGAUUCUCCGGUUUCUUCACCUCUUUCGAGAGAACUGUCGCCUUUGUCAAGAGCUUUAACGGAAAGCACUGGGAAGUCGUCACCCAACCCUGAUGUGAAGGACAAAAAGGAUUUCAAAAACAAGAGCAAGAGGUCCAAAAGUGUCUCGCAUUUGGCGGAUCGCAAUAGAAUCUUGGGUAGUAAAAUGACCCCAUUGAACGCAGAGGAACCUCCAGUGCCAAUACAAGAUCCAAUGGAUUCUGGCGAUGACGAUUCGGACUCUGGAUGGGCUGCUCAAAAGGUGUUUAGACGGCUUUCUGUGGGCUCAAACGAUAUGAGACGGGCAACCUCACAUGCGCAACUGUCGUCAACCGCACACGGCAUGCGUUUGCUAUCCAAAGACAUUCAGAAAUCCGUUGUUACAUUGGAGGUCAACAGGCUCAUGAUUGUCACCAAAAAACAAGAUAGCUCCCUCGUUUACCUUACAAGAGAAAUGGUCGAGUGGAUUCUGGUCAACUACCCCGGCAUCCAGAUAUAUGUCGACGAGUCCGUAGAGAAGUCGAGCAAGUUUGACACCCCUGGUAUCAUUCGAGACAGCAGAUGUGCGUCGCAUAGAAUCAAGUGCUGGACCCCCGAGUUGGUGGCGAAAAAAGACGAUUUUUUCGACCUAAUUGUGACUUUAGGCGGUGACGGUACCGUGCUUUACGUCUCGUCACUCUUUCAAAGAAGUAUCCCACCAGUGAUGUCGUUCUCCCUCGGAUCCUUGGGCUUUUUAACCAAUUUUAACUACGAAAACUUCAGACAGUCGCUGCCACGCGUUUUGAACUCCAAGAUCAGAAGCAAGAUGAGAAUGCGGUUGUCAUGCCGUGUGUUCCGGAGACGUAAACCACACAAGGAUGGCACACGAUCCAAGAAGAAAUUCAGCAUGAUCGGCGAAUAUCACGUACUUAACGAAUUGACUAUUGAUCGUGGACCCAGUGCCUUUAUUUCCAUGCUAGAAGUUUUUGGCGACAACUCGCUACUGACGGUCGCCCAGGCGGACGGCUUGAUUAUCGCCACACCCACAGGGUCAACAGCGUAUUCCCUGAGCGCUGGGGGUUCUCUAGUCUACCCAAGCGUUAACGCUAUCGCCGUCACCCCAAUUUGUCCACACACUCUAAGUUUCCGUCCCAUCAUUUUGCCUGACAGUAUGAAGCUCAAGGUUAAAGUGCCUUUAAAUUCAAGAUCUACCGCAUGGGCCGCUUUUGACGGGAAGAACCGAGUCGAACUGUUUAAAGGUGAUUACAUCUGCAUCACUGCAAGUCCACACUCGUUUCCUACGCUCGAGUCUAGUCCCACGGAAUUCAUUGAUAGCAUCAGCAGAACCUUGAACUGGAACGCGCGCGAACCACAGAAAAGCUUUGCCCAUAUGCUAUCCCAGAAGAAUCAAAAGAACUACGUCACAGAUACAGAAAAACAGAAAAGAGAUGCGCCAGAAGUGCGUGCUCCUUCAGACGACGAAGAGGAAGAAGACGAAGAUUCUACAGAUGUUGAAGUCAAUCAGUAUCGCCCGAGAGCCGUUGACGCCGCGAAAGCACCUAAGCUGAAGCCAAAUUUCCAAUUGUAG